CCGGCGGAAACGGUUGUCAAACCCGAGGGAGGCCUCUCGUGAUUGACAAUGGUACCAACCAAUCGGCUCCAGGAUAGUGGGCAUGACGCGUUCCGUUGACUAAUCAUUGGGGGAGCCUGCCUAAUACAGGCCAAUGAGAGGCUGGAAGGCAGGACAUCCGGCGGAGCUGGGCGCGGGAGGCGGCCAUGGCGAAGACCUACGAUUAUCUGUUCAAACUGCUGCUGAUCGGAGACAGCGGUGUCGGGAAAACCUGCGUCCUGUUCCGCUUCUCCGAGGAUGCCUUCAACACCACCUUCAUCUCCACCAUCGGUACGGAGCCGGGGCCCGCGGACAGAGCGCAGGGCCUGGUUCCGGGAUCCAGGGCCCUGGGCUGCGGAGGAGAGAGCGGGGCCCUGCCCAGCGGGUAUUGAUUUUAAAAUCCGAACCAUUGAGUUGGAUGGAAAGAAAAUCAAACUGCAAAUAUGGGACACAGCUGGGCAGGAGCGCUUUCGAACAAUCACUACUGCAUACUAUCGAGGGGCCAUGGGAAUCAUGCUGGUGUAUGAUAUCACUAAUGAGAAGUCCUUUGAUAAUAUCAAGAACUGGAUCCGGAAUAUUGAAGAGUUAGCCAGUGACUAUGGAAUCAAAUUCAUGGAGACCAGUGCAAAAGCAAACAUAAACGUGGAGAAUGCAUUCUUCACGCUUGCCAGAGACAUAAAAACAAAAAUGGACAAGAAACUGGAAGGCAAUAGUCCACAAGGUAGCAGCCAAGGCGUGCGAAUCACCUCAGAACAGCAGAAAAAGAGCAACUUCUUUCGUUGUCUUCUCCUGUGAUGAACAUUGCCUUAAAAAAAAACCUAAGCUCUCAGUGACUUGAAGUGGAGUGUGCACGCCCUGAGCUUUUCCUGUACAAAUAGACACUUCCUCUGGACAAGCCCUGUCGUGCUGCCGAAGGCCUCGAGAGUUCAAGCAGCUGAGGUUUUUAGCUUUUAGGAACUGUCUGAUGAUGAUUACCUCAGGAGUGGAAAUGUGCAAGUCAGAAUCUUCUGAUGGGAAUCCCUCCGUUUAACUAAUUUCCAAUCUGUUGGGGUGUAAUUGUUUGGAAUCCUAGUGUUCCCAUUUCCUGUGUUCCCCUCUUUUCUGAUUUUCCCUACAAAUCUUCUGUCGUGGAAAUGCUCCUGAUAUUGGAGUAACAGCUGUUUUCUGACCCUGUGAUCUCACUGUACAGUGUGCUGAGUUCCUUCUGACAUAGCUUCACAUGUGUUACUCUGUGUACAUUCCCUGUCCUGGAAGGGCAGAGUCCCACUGAUUGGACUGUUUGUUCUGCCAGUGGUUGAACCUGUUUAUUAUGCAUGGAAUGCAUGGAUCUUAGUGACAUGAUGGUUGUGAGAAAGAUUGAGCAAAUCAAAUGUCAAUUCUCAAACCUAGAGGCAGGGGUGCUUGUGCAGAUCCCUCUCCUCCCUUCCCCAGGUGCAGAUGUACUGUAGAGAAGACUGCAGCUCGCUCCCAGUUUCAAUUCAUGGUCCUGUUGCUUUUCUGAAAUUUAGUACAACUCGCGUACGAUCUAGAAAAACAAUAUUGAAGUAGAUAUAAAGCCUAGUCGUGGAUGUAGUACAUCAGUUAGGUUUAACAGAACAUUAUCUUGGCAGUUAGCCUGCAUCAUUGUGUGAACAGCAGACAAUAGAUCUUGGGUAGACUUCAGCUCUUUGCUUCCUUCUGAUAGUUCCUGUGGUAUUGCUACAAAUCCAAGCCAGUUUUCAUUUUUUUCACUAUAUUCGAUAAAUAGAAUACAAAACCAUGGAUUCAAGAUAAUUACUGAUGAUACCUGCUUGGUUCCCUGAUGUUGUCUGAGAGGAUUUCACCAAUAACUGGAGGUUCUAUUUUGUCAUAUGGGGAGGGUAUGAGGGUGGGAUGGGAAGAGGUGGAAUACAGGAGAGGGAGAGGCUGGGGCAAGAUGUGGUGAAACCCUCCUGAUUGGAAACUAUUUGCUUGCUGAUGUGCAAUAGCCAUGAAUUUAUUCAUCGCCAUUGUUUUCUUACAACACUUGACUGAUGGAGUCCUACUAAACAAUAUUGUAAGUAGUAUUUGAAUGUUGAUGCUUACACUGGUGGGAGCAUGAGCUGUGAAAAGGAUGCCACUACUGUUCGCAGUGUAGGGUAAUUUUUAUUUUACUGGCUGCAAGAGUUGGCAGUUUAGUGGACGAGAGGCUUAAAGCACAGUAAAUAGGUCCUAUUAACUCAGCUUAUGCACAAUUCUCAAAACUUGAGUACUGAAAUAGUAAAAUCCUCUCAGGGAGGUGAAAUGCACUUUUAGUUGAUGGAUAUUGAUUGACAGCUGUCAUCUUGGCAUUUGAUUGUGAAACAGUCAGAUGAUUUGUGGAUUGAAUUGUACCAGCAGGUUUACCUCUUGCACUAUUAAUUCAUGAGCCAGUCCCUAUUGUGACUAUCACUGUAUAAACUUAAGCACUGGGCAGUAAAUUGUACCAGGAUUUUGAUGAUAAAACCAUUAUUAGCAGCCCUAUAAGGUGGAAGGAUUCGUUUUGCAGUUCCCUUAAGACUACAGUGUAGCUGUGACCUUGAUGAUGGACAAAAGGAGUGAGGUUUUGAACUUUUCUUUAAUUCCUAGAAUAUUGUAUCCUUUUAAAGCAGUGAAAGGAAACAGAUUCUUUUCUGAUCUCCCCUCUUCCCCUGCCCCAAUACAGAUCAAGGAGGUAUCUGUCAAAUUGCUGCUCCCAAAUCAGAAGGGAAAACCAGGAAAGAAGGGAAUAGAUGGAUUUUCAGAGCCUUUUGAACAAAGUACUUGGACUUCUCUAAUCCUAGAGGUUAAAAUCCAACAUCAUCGUUACUUUGGAAGAUGUUCUUGUGUGGAUGGUGCACAGACAACAGUGAAGGAGGAUGGGACAAAGGUAGCCAGCCAUUGAUAUCUCUGUGUAUAAAUGCCUGUGUGUUAACUGCACUUUCUCAGUACCCGUAGCAAGCUAGUUCAACAGUUGCUGAGCUCAGACAGACCUGAAUGUCGUUCCUUGUGAAUUUUUACUAAGCACUUUGUGUAGCUCAAUGGAUGAAGGAGUAAGAACACACCCCUUUAAUUCUAACAGAGAAAUGAAACCAAUAUUGAAAUAUGUCAGCCAUGUGCUAAUCAUGUCAUAGGUUUAAAUACCCAGCCUGAUUAUUUUACCAGAAUCUCCUGCCACCCAAUACUAUAAAAAUACAGUCAGUGCCUCUCACUGAGUCUGGUUUUGAUUACCUGGGCCUCCCUGUCAAAGCCAACCCUCUGAGCACUGACAUUAACAGAUGGACUUUUCACUUUUCCUUAACCAGGAAUACUGGAGUCAAAUGUCACAUCCUUCCACUGUGCUGUCUGAGCAUAGCUGUCCCAUGUCCAAGAUCCUUCUGAUCAGGGUGACUCCAUAAUGCAGUGUGAGGCCUGGGCCACUGGGACAGGGUGAAGAGCGUGAGGAAUGCUUCGCUGCAGCUGCAAGUUGUGCUGUCCAACAACUUGCGAUGACCCUCUUGCUGGUUUUUUUUUGGAGAUUGCUUUAAAAACUGAUGGUGGGUGAUUCAUGGUGUUGGGUGUCAGUUAGAAGGAAAAGAUUAUUUAUUCACUUCACAGAUGUGAAACUCUAUUUUCAAAUUGAUUGUGAUCACAGUCUUCAGAAACGCACUGGUGCUGACCUCAGAAAAUGAUCCAGUGCUCCACAACACAGUACCAUGCUGCCUCACCUAUGAAAGCAGCCUCCAGACACCAUCCAUCUCAUCAUGGCCUCUUUAGUUCACACAGUGAAGAUUUUAUUUUUUUUACUUUAAAUUAAGUUUUAGUUUUGUGCUAACUUUCUAGUUGCUCACAGCUUUUCUUGCUUUGAUUAUCCAGGGUGACUGGGAUGUUGAAGCAGAUACAGAUUUAACAACUCCCCCAACCCAUUAAAAAUACAAGUAGGCUAUAUUGCCAGGGUAUCCCCACCAACAAGACCUAGAAUAUGUUGCACUACCCAAGAUCAGUCUGGCUCCGACCCAGGUGGGGUUAAAUUGAUGAAAAGCUGAUAAGCGAAGCUUGUUUUGUGGACAACAGUUUGGAGUUUGUUCAACUGACAGUCCUGAUCUAUAGCUUCUGCGAUGUCUCUAAUCUGUGUCAGCACAGGCCCUAACACUGCCUAGUUUUGUGUAAAACUAACUGCACCCUAUAAUGUUUCCAAAGUACUGCAUGGUAUUGAAGGGAGAUAUUGCCGAGGUGACCCUCCACCCAGACAACAAACACCUGAACAGAUUGAAUGAUUUCUCACUGAUGCCAGGCCCUGACCAUUAGACAGCAGAAUGUGUUGCUGGCAGUUAGAGGUUAAAUGGCAUUGGCUGACAUCCUGGUCCAGUGGUGGGCGUGAGACCACAUUUUGGCAAUAAUUCCAGCAAUUACUUUGCCUUCCUCUUAAAAGCCAUAAGGUUGAACUAAAGUGCUCUUUGUGAUGUACACACCCACUAAAAUGAAUCUGCCAGUUUUAUUCUGUCCAUACAGAUAGCAGAAUGCAUUUUAUAACCAGUGUUAAAUGGAGGGUGAUGGGGGUGGGAGGGCAAGUAGUUAGACCGAUUUAUGUUCUUUCCUUAGUGGACUAGCCAAUGCCAGAUGCAACUGUUAAUGCCAGUAUUUAUGGUCGAAUUACCACCAGGAACCCACCCCCAGGGAGAUGGGCAGCUUGUGUUGAUGUGGUUAUAACUGGGGAAAAUAUCUGAAAGCAUGGUCCUGUGCUUAACAGGGGCUAUGUGGCUACCUUGGCUGCAGCCCCACUGGUGGCAGAAGUGGGGAUCUCACUAUUCCAGUAUUCUGCUCCCUACUCUAGCUUCUGUAUUGACAUUACUGAAAAGCUCAUCUGCAUUCUGGAAUGGUGUUGGUGAUGCCACUGCACUUUGCACCUAGCAUCCCCAGCUGUGGAAGGUAGUGUGCUAGAAACAGUAUGUGGCCUGCAGUUUUUAGUGUCCCCCACCCAUGUCAGUUUGAAUCAUCACUAUUUAAACACAGUAUUUAAGGAGAAUACAGAUAGUUUGGGUGGAAAAUAUUGCCUCCUUGUUUCAAAAUCAUUGCCCCUGUACAUCCUUCAAACAUUCCUUGUGUUACAAUAGUCUCCAGGAUCAUUUGGUUCAAAGGGAUGGGAGGCUGCAUUGUUUCAGGUGACCAUGUAAAUAGCUUUACUUUAAAAAAAAGAAUUAGCCACUUUAUAAUUCUUCUGUACUUCCUGAAGUUACUGAAUUUAUGGAUACAAGUGGCGUUUUAAUGAGAUUAAAAUGUGAGUCUUUAAAAAGCAGGUUCUCUGGUCUCGUAAAUGUGUCUGCAUUUUUUGGUAAGUGACUUUCAAGUUGACGGAACAAAUGCUGAAUAGAGAUCCUGGCAAGAAUGUUCAAACGUCACAUGCAUUCUGAACUUAUCAUGAAGGACCUGGCUGGGAGUUACCACCCAGUCUCUGAUGAGCAGUUCAUGAUGUCUAAAUUUGGCUGGUUGAAUUAGCCAAUUCAGAUUAUACUAGCACAUACACUACCAACCUCCCACUGGGAUUUGUAUAGGUUCAUCAACCCUUUUUUGCCAGUUACCCAGGUCAGAUCUCAAAAUUUAAAAAUAAUUAGAAAUUAGGAAUAGGGUUAGAAAGUACAUAUAUAUAAAAUUAGUCUGAAAAAGGAAUGGGUUAGUGUUUCAAGUUCACUUUUACUGUGAAUUACUUAAGUUUCACUGUCAUGGGAACCAGGCUAGAGAAAUCAUUAUUCUUAGCUAAGGUUGCCUUGUUUGAACAAAGAACUGUAAGAUGCUUGCUCAAGUACUUGAUUCCAGCAGUGUGUGGGAGCAUUAGAUGUGACUGCAGUGAGCAAUAUCACAGUUCACCAGCCUGAUAAGGGAUAAAAACAAAUGCACUGAUUGAUAAUUCUGGAUGCUUGUUAGCAGGUCUCAGUCUAACUGAUAGCAGAACAAAUGAAAGCUUUUGGGGUGUUAGGGUAGUUCCAGAGAUGGAAUGGAAUAUGAGGAUAAAUCUAAUCUGGGGAAGACAGCUUGAGAGGUGAUAAGGAAGGAAUGGGGUAUGAAUGGCCAGAUAUCAUCUGAAUAUGUAUGAAGGCCUACGGGGCUAAUAGGGGGACAUUUAACCCAAAGUUUAGUCAAAGGACUCAAUGCCUAAUGAGGUAUUUUGAAAUUAAGUAAAUAUAGAACUAAAAGGCCACGUCAGUAAUUCAUCAAGCAUCCACCCCGGAAAAAGGGUAUAAACUAAAAGACUUUUGGUGGGUUUGUUGCAGUGUGCGGUGGAAAAGGACACUGAAGGAAGUCUCCAGUCCCACUUUGCUGAGGUGUUCCAGAUCUCCAGAAGAUCUGAGUGGUGAGGGAAAAAAAGGGGUUCUUGUGUGUCAGAUGCCCUGCGCAAUCUGGAGCAGUACUCACAUCACAGUUGUCUGUUUUUGCUGUAUAACUAGUAAUAUCAUAUCCUGUCUUAUGCUCAGAUAUUGUGUUUUAAUAAGAGUUUAUUAGUUACACCUGAAUCCUGAUUGAUUGGAUUGUGAUAACUGUAAGGAACGUAUCUUUUUACUUCUGUUGGAUUGUUGUAAAGAACAUAUCUCUGUAUUUUCUGUUGGAUUAUGGAUUAAAAUAACAACGGCUGCAGUUA